GUCAUUUGUCUACCGACCACAAUGUUUACCGGCUUUUGUGCAAACUUAUCUUGCCGUUGUAGGUACUGCCUAGUUUGUCUAAUGUCUGCGGUAAUACCACCCUGUAUCGUUAUAGCUGCCGAUGCACCGGUCCGUUUGUCAAUUAUUCCGUUAUAGUAUCUUAUGUCUGUUAUAACGCCGUUUGCCGUACCGUCUCCAGUUCCACCGUUAUAGCCCUGUGUGUCUAUCCCAUCGUUCACUGUUGUGUGUAUAUCACACUGUUAAUAUGUCCUGUAUCCCUUUUGUUCCGUCGUUAAACGUGACAAGUGCUACCGUCCUGUGCCGCAGUUAUACCGACGUCUCUCGUGUCCAGCCCUCAUCCUGCCCUGUGUCUCUACUCUCCUGUCCUCACUCCUCCCCGUCCUGUGUUCAGUUGCCGCUGUCAGAUUGGAUCCUGUUUCUAAUGCUGCGGUUGUGCCCGUUCCACCCUCCCACUCCAAAUCCCAGAAGAAUUGUAACGCAUCAGCUCUCGGUGGGCACUGUAAAGAGUGUUACCCAACCCCUGAUCCGUCUCGCCCACCAGCGAACGUCGCACCGGCACAUCCCUAUAGACACAUAUACCGCCGGAAUUUAAUAACGCAACAAUGUGUGGUACUGCGUCCUUUGGGAUCCAUCCAGAGUCCGGCCCCGUCCGCCGACCAAUCAGCGCGGCCGCUCGGUGGGCCGGACCGUGACGUCACGGGCAUCCGGCGCAGAUCGACCGAACGGCGGCGGGUCUGCCGGUCUCCAGACCCCCGCCGGCGGCCGACAGGUGACCACCACAGACCCGUACUCUGAUCCGGCUCAGACCGGCUCCAUCCGGUGCGUACCGACCGAGUUACAGCACCGCAGCGGCGUCCCGUCACCCGCCCUCCCCAGCUGACCGGAGAGGCGCCGACCUCAGUCCCACAGCUCAUCCCGUGCCGACCGCAGCUGACCGAGCAGCGCUGACAGCUCUCAGCACGUCCAACACCCCCUCGCACACCAUGGAGCACAUCGAGGAGUUCAAGGCGCCGCCGAAGGUGACCAGCCUGACCCAGCUGGUGGAUGAACUACACAGGGUGUUCUCCUGCGAUCGCGUCAACGUCGACUACGUGAAGCGGCUGAUGGAGGGCUACGUCUCCAACCCGGAGGACUGGAGGAAGUACGCCAAGCGCGACAAGUUCAAGUACACCCGGAACCUGGUGGACUCGGGUAACGGCCGGUUCGACAUCAUGCUGCUCUGCUGGCCGGAGAGUAUCGCCUCCACCAUCCACGACCACACCGACGCCCACUGCUUCAUGAAGGUACUGCAGGGAGAGCUGCAGGAGAUCCGCUAUAAGUGGCCCACCGAUGAGACCCCGAAUAACGGCAUGGAAGAGCUGGGCCGCACGCGACUGCCGCUCAACGGAGUCUGCUACAUCAAUGACUCGCUGGGUCUGCACCGCGUGGAGAACCCGAGCCACUCGGAGAGGGCUGUCAGCCUGCACGUGUACGUGCCGCCGUUCACCACGUGUCAGGCGUUCGACCAGCGCACGGGGCGCACGCAGAAGUGCCGCGUCACCUUCUGGAGCAAAUACGGCAAACGCAUCACGUACCAGCCGAGCAUGGACAACUCGGCGCCCCCUGAUGUGCACACAAUCCAGUACAACUGCCCGCUGGAGAAGACGUGCGGCGAACGGCCGCGGCUCACCAGGCAACACGAGGCCAUCCAGGAGUGAGCGCCGGGGGGUGGUCGAGGAGUUAGGGUCGUGAGGUGAUCGAGGAGUUAGGGACGUGAGGUGAUCGAGGAGUUAGGGUCGUGGAGUGACCGAGGAGUUAGGGUCGUGAGGUGAUCGAGGAGUUAGGGUCGUGAGGUGAUCCGAGGAGUUAGGGCCAUGAGGCGGUCGAGAAGUUAAAGGUCCCGAGGUGAUCUAGAAAUGAGCGUUGUAUGUACAUACGACCAUCCACGAGUGAGCGCAGUGAAGUGAGCGGCUCCGGCCGCCAGAGGGCACACACGACAUUCCUCGGGGUUCACCGGACCGCUGCACUGCUGGGGCACCGCGGGACUGUGAUCGGUGACCACCUCUGUCUUUUUACUACCACCUCUGUGCCCUCUGUUGUUCAGCAGAACGCUGGUUUGCUGUGGUCCCCUGAUUUUACCAGUAUCACAGAAGUGAGCCGAACUGGGGUUUCCCGGGCCCGGCUCGGGAAGGUGAUCCCCCGAGGUUGUGGCUGUGGGGGCUCCGAUUUUAGGCUCCGAUAACUGCAGGUCUGAAACACCCGCAUCGAAAUGCACAGCCGAGCUUGCCACGACGAAUAUAUAUUUUUUGAAACAGGUGACCAUGAGUUGUGCGUUUUAUCGUUUAGAUGUUUCGGCGUCAAAGCUAAAGACAUUAUUCAGCAGCCUGCUCGAAUAAUGUCGCUCGGUUUUGGGACCGGGCUCGUUUGUGUAAGAUGUCGCCAAACUUUCAAGCGUUGUCGGUUACUGGUGUGUGUUUUACGAUAACAGUUACCAUGACAUGAAUGUUGCACUUGUCUAAGUGAUAACUGAUUCGACUUGGAUUCGCCAUUGUACUGUGAUUAGUGUCUGUGUCUGCUCGUUGCAUGCGCCAUGACUCCACGUUUGAUGUGCUUAUCCAUAUACUUCAUACGUAUUCCAAAUCACUUAACAGCACUCUUACUAGCUACUUCUUACGAACUAUUCUCUUCUCUCCUGAAUAACCAACGACUCGUAGUAUCAAACACUGUGCCUACAACGCACCACUACUCCGUUCUCUCUCUCGAACAGUCUGAUGACUGAAUGUGUGGUGAUAGUGGGUGCCUUCUCUCCCCCUCAGUCCUCGGUCCUCCCCUCUCUGUCCUGUGAUGUUCCAACACGCAGGACUUCACGCUCAGGCGGCGGCCGGGCGGCUGUGGUCCUUGUGGUUUAUGUGUGUUUUACGUCAGACUGGCGUGGGGGGAGGGUGUUCCGCCCGACCGGAGCCCGGCCCACCGGACAGGACCCCCGCCUGGUCGGUCGGAUAGAUUCCAGGCACACUGUGUCGGGCGGUCCCUGUUUAUACAGCGUACCAGUCUCCGGCCGGGUACCCUUGUUUAUAGCUGGCUAGUUUAAGGAGGGGUUGUGGCAGCCUUUCGCUCGGAGCAGGCGGAGGCUGCGCCCCAAAGCGUUGCAGAGACGCUUGUGUCGUGUUGUAUGCUCUAAGAUUUCAUGGGUAUGUGCAAUAUAAUUAAGGACGUGUC